AUGGAUUUGCAAGCAGAAAACAACUCGGAAGCGUCCGCCGCCCCUCCCCAUCACCCUGAUUACUACAUUGAAGACGGAAACCUGGUUCUCCUCGUGGAUGGAAUCCUCUUUCGCAUCCAUCGAUACUUCUUCAAGCGGGAUUCCGAGGUCUUCCGCACGAUGUUCUCGCUGCCGGCGCCAGAUGGCCACGAUGUCGAAGGCCUAUCGGACGACACGCCGAUACGGCUGGAAGGCACGUCCGCCGACGCCUUUGCGCUCUUUCUCUGGAUGUACUACUGCCGAAUAUCCGAGUCGAAUUUCGACAAGACCAUGCCCGAAUGGGAAACCAUCCUGCAGGUGUCGCACAAGUACCAGUUCGACGAUAUCACCAGCGUCGCCUAUAAAGUGCUGUCGCAAUUUUCCCAAGAUCCCGUCUCGCAGAUCCUUACUGCCAGAAAGUACUCUCAUACUGGAGUCCUUCUGCGUGCCGGUUUCCAGCAUUACGCAGAGCGACCCGAGCCGUUGUCGGUAGAGGAGGCCGACAAGCUCGGACUGGCGGAUGUCGUGAACCUGACGAGGUUCCGAGACAAGGCUAAAGCGCAGGGAAUGCGAGAUUUAGAUCCCAUUUUUCACGAAUGUGCAUCUUUCUACCGUCAUAAGUGA